CCAGUUUUAUUUGGCUUGUGUUAACAGUAAGUCGUGUGGUCAAUGUGUGGGUUAAGUUAAUAAAUUUCGUGGCGGUUCUAUACACUUUAUAGUCACAUUUUAUGUAACUAAUGUCCAUAUAGAAACAAAUCAAACCGACGCCAUAACAAUGUCAGACAAUACUCAGGAUAUCCUCAAGGAAGCAGCAGCAGCGGCUGCUGUUGGUGGAUCUUUGUUUAGUACAUUUGAUAUAAUUAUGCUUAUAUUUCUAUUCGGAGCGGCUCUUUGGUGGCUUUACAGUUCCAGAAAGGAGAAUAAAAAGGAUGAUUUACUUCUUAGCAAAUAUUCAAUUCAGCCAGCCGGUUCUAUACAAAUUACAGAAAAUUCUUUUAUUAAGAAAUUGCAAUCAUCUGGAAGAAGUCUAGUGGUAUUUUAUGGGUCUCAAACAGGUACCGGGGAAGAGUUCGCAGGGCGAUUAGCCAAAGAGGGUAUACGUUACAAAAUGAAAGGAAUGGUAGCCGACCCUGAAGAGUGUGAUAUGGAGGAAUUAACAAAGCUGAGAGAUAUCGAAAACUCCUUAGCAGUAUUUUGUUUAGCAACAUAUGGUGAAGGAGACCCUACAGAUAACGCUAUGGACUUCUAUGAAUGGUUAAAAAGUGGUGAUCCGGACCUAACAGGACUAAAUUACGCGGUAUUUGGCCUGGGUAAUAAGACAUAUGAACAUUUUAACUCAGUCGCGAUCUAUGUAGACAAGCGUCUAGAAGAACUUGGAGCUACAAGGGUAUUUGAACUUGGUCUCGGAGAUGAUGAUGCUAAUAUUGAAGAUGAUUUCAUCACUUGGAAGGAAAAGUUCUGGCCGGCUGUUUGUGAAAAGUAUAAUAUUGAAAAUACGGGUGAAGAGGAGCUGACACGCCAAUUCCGACUCGUAACACACGCUCCUGAUGAAAUAACUCCCAAUGAAGUUUUUACUGGAGAAAUUGCUCGGUUACAUUCCUUCCAGAAUCAGAGAGUGCCAUUUGAUGCUAAAAAUCCUUUCUUAGCUCAAAUAAUUGUGAAUAAAGAAUUGCACAAAGGUGGUGAUAGGUCGUGUCUGCACAUUGAAUUGGAUAUUUCAAACUCAAAGAUGAGAUAUGAAGCAGGUGAUCAUGUGGCUGUGUAUCCGAUUAACGAUAGAGGUCUAGUAGAACGUCUCGGGGUUUUAACGGGUGCUGAUCUAGAUGAAGUGUUCUCUCUAAUCAACACCGACCAGGAAAGCACUAAGAAGAAUCCAUUCCCAUGCCCCACAUCAUACCGAACUGCACUAUCACAUUACAUUGAAAUAACAGCAUUGCCGAGGACCCAUAUUUUAAGGGAGCUUGCUGAAUACUGUAUGGAAGAUGAGGAUAAGAAUAAGUUACUAUUGAUGGCGACCAACUCUCAAGAGGGGAAGGCUCUGUAUCAGUCAUUUAUAGUGGACUCGUGUAGGAAUAUAGUUCAUAUUCUGGAAGACCUGAAGUCCUGCAAGCCACCGCUGGACCACCUCUGUGAACUGCUGCCUCGCCUCCAACCUAGAUAUUAUUCAAUUUCAUCAAGUCCCAAGUUGUACCCGGAGACUGUUCACGUGACGGCAGUGGUCGUUAAGUACGAGACUCCGACGGGAAGGCUGAAUAAGGGAGUCACCACCACGUGGCUGGCGGAAAACAAACCCGAACCAGGGAAGCCCUUCCCCAGGGUGCCCAUCUACAUAAGGAAGUCGCAGUUCAGGCUGCCCCUCCAGACCCAGACGCCGGUGCUGAUGGUGGGUCCGGGAACGGGGUUGGCUCCCUUCAGAGGUUUUCUACAAGAGCGAUCCCACGCUAGAAUCAAUGGCAAAGAAGUCGGUGACACUAUAUUAUACUUCGGAUGCAGGCAUCGCGACCAGGAUUACAUCUACCAAGAGGAACUGGAAGAGUUCGAGAGGAACGGAGACGUCACGUUACACGUGGCCUUCUCACGCGACCAGCCUAAGAAGGUCUACGUGACGCAUUUGCUGGAGAACAACUUGGAACAGAUAUGGGACGUGAUCGGCAAUAGGAACGGACACUUCUAUAUUUGCGGCGACGCUAAGAACAUGGCGGUGGACGUCCGCAACAUUGUCAUCAAGGCCGUCCAAGAAAAGGGAGGUCGCUCUGAAGCCGAGGCGGUGCAGUUCCUUAAGAAACUGGAAUCCAUGAAGAAAUAUUCAGCCGACGUGUGGAGUUAAAACUACUCGGAUGCGUUUGAUGGAAGUGACGGAUUAAAUAGCAGUACUAUCAAUUGGCGGGUCGCCACCACAAGCCAGACGUUUAUAUUCCGACUCCUCGGCGUGUUCGCUAAGUCCUACGUCAUGCGACCAGAUUCAUUAUCGGGGCCAUCGCGUUAAGCGUCGGUGUUAAUCAAUUACAUUUGACCCUUACAUUAUUAUAAUUCGUGAAACUUGCAUCGAAUAGUUUAUGUUAAGAAGAAUUGUAAUCUGUUUUUAAAAGAAUUUAUGAUAAAUUAAAGGAAAUGUUUUUUUUUUCUUUGAAGUUAUUUAUAUGAUAAAUUAUAUAAACCCGUGUGUGAGAUGCAGACGACGGGGAUACGGCAGCAGCUCGAGCGAGUCACUCAUGACUUUUGCACUUCGUUAUGUUACGAAUAUUUUUUUCUUUUACUACCCGUCACGUUGUCAAUCUCACACUAUGGCCAUUGUUAUUUGUAAAUCUACUAAAUUAUAUACAAAUAUGUCACAAAAAUAAAAAAGUGACAAGUCUCUAAAACGAGAUGUUUGUAUCGGGAAGUCAUUUUAUCUAAACGUGUUAUUGUUGUGUGUAAAUUUCGAAAUGUUAGUGAUUAAAUAUUAUAUAAUAUAAGCGGACUGGGAUAUAUAAGAACACAGUAAUACAUAAUAUUUGAAUAAAUGUUUUAUAUUUAAAA